ACUGGUGGAGUGGUACAUUGCCCUUUGACUGCUUCGUAUUUGCAUAACCAGUUCUUUAAAAGACCGGAUGCUCUUCAUAGCAUCUGCAAUAGAAGAUGUUAAACUAUUUUAUUCUGGUGGGCCUGCUACUGGCCAGCAGCUUUUACUUCAGUAAAGCAUGCACUGAUGGGCUUCUGGAGAAUGUGGAUUUUCCCGGGUCAGAUAUAACAUUCCUAUACUCUCCUACCGUGGAGCACUGUCAGAAGCUGUGUACCCAGCAUCCUUCGUGCCUCUUCUUCACCUUUAUCCGACCCGACUCGACCAGAGACAACGGGCACUUUCAAUGCUACCUCAAAUCCACCCCCUCCGGUCAGCCAGCAUCACAAUCUACUGUUCUAGGCUUGACGUCCGGUUUUUCUCUCAAGUCCUGCAAUCCAGACACACGGCCUUGUUUUUCUCAGGUGUUCCAGAACGUGGACUUUCUCGGGGCAGACUACAGAGCAUUGUUCACGCCUGACUAUGAGGAGUGUCAGAGAGUCUGCACACAGGAACCUGGCUGUCAGUUCUUUACUUUUUUAAAUGGGGAGUUCAUAGAUAAUGAUUACAGGUUCAAGUGCCACCUUAAGUUCAGCUGGAGCGUCCCAAGGACUCUUAUUGAAAAAAAGACUGGAGUCACAUCUGGAUUUGCCCAAAAAUUACCACAGGCUCAAGAAUUUGACACAACAUGUCAGAACCAGCUUUUAUUAAACACCGACAUCCCAGGAAACAACUUUGAGGAGCUCAAUUCUGUUUCUCCUGAACACUGCCGGGUCCUGUGUUCUGCUCAUCCAAAGUGCACCUACUUCUCUUUCAGCAGUGACAACUUCAAAUGCUUUUUGAAGAACAACCUCAACGUAAUGGUGUCUAAACCAAAAGAUGGAAUCACAUCAGGGAUACCCGCACGCUUCUGUAAACUUGAUGAUAUCUGGGUCAAGCAGAUUUUUGAAGGUGUGGAUUUCACUGCCUCUGACAUUCGACAUGAGCUCAUGGAUAAUGUAGAGCUCUGUCAGAGCAAAUGCGAUGAUGACCCCAACUGCCAGUUCUUCACCUACGUCGAUGAAAGGCGCCUCUGCUUUCUGAAGAGAGUCAUCACCAUGCCAGCUCCUCCUAAUGUCAACAAACGAGCUAAUGUUGUGUCUGGCUUCAGCCUGAGGAACUGUAACUUAGUUGUUUAAGAUGUAAAAGGUUCAGAAAUAAACAUUUCUGAUGUAAUAAUAUAAUAAUAAUACAAUACAAUAAUAAUACAAAUGUAAUAAAUCAAAGAAAACAAAAUGCAAUAAAAGUAAAGGAAUUAAAACAA